UUCGACUAAAGAAGACAAUAAAUUAUUAAAUUGUAGUUAAAAAAUAUGUCAUUCAUACACAGCCUAUUAAUUCUAAAAUGCCCAUAUAGAGAUGCAGCAGAGUAAUGCCAGCAGCUGUGACCUGGAUUCUAGAUCUUAUUUCCUAGUUACAUUGAAGAUGUUCUAAUCUAAUCUGUUAAGAACUUCCUACUGUCUGUAAUUUCGACAUUAUGGCAGCAGAAUCACAACCUCACGGUAUAACCAUGUACAGGUAGGUGACAAGCAAGGUAAUAUUACAGAACUUUAAGAAUCCAUAUUUAAUAAUUUACACCACUAGGCUACGGGGAGAUUGUUCCCAAAGUAUUAACAUGCAAGUUUAUAUUUAGAUGAUGUUUUUAUAAUGCUCAAGUUUCAAUUCAUUUUUAUUAUCUUUAUUAUGCAGCCCAUACCCAUGGUGUGGGUGGUAGUAGAGAGAUUAGAGAGGCACAUAAUGGGUCCAGGGACUGGUUCGCAAACUUCUGAGAGCUAAACAAGUUAGUGGUAAUGAACUAUUUACAUGUUUAUAUAUGGUGGUCCCCUCAAGGAAGGUUCCUUGAUGUUGGUGAGGGACUCUUGAUUUAGGGAAUUGGAUCUGUGCUCCAGUUCCCCAAAUUAAGCCUGAAUGCCUUCCACAUCCCCCCCUAGGCGCUGUAUAAUUCUCCGGGUUUAGCGCUUCCCCCUUGAUUAUAAUAAUAAUAAUAUAUAUGGUGGUCUGGUCUCCCUGUUGGUCAUAAACAACAGGUGCCGAAGCUUGAGUCAAUAUUUAAUGGUGACUCCUUUAUUAAUGUUUUGUAAACCACAUCCAUCGCAUCUCAGGAUAAUAUGACCCUUUAAGUAUAUGAUAUCUACAUAUAUUAGCUGGCCUGACUUACCUUGUUUAUUUAACAUACACGAAAAGAAACGAGUGACUUUAGAAUAGAGUAAAUUUUAUUUUUAAGACACUUGCAGUAGGCAUUACAUCUGAUAUUAUAAAAUACAGCAGUGUCCUUUGUUUCGAAAGGGAGUCCCGGUAAUGACAUGCAAGUGGUUGCUCAAUCACUGAUACCCAAGUGCCUGUGCCCUAGUGAUUACAUAAUCAGUCAUACCUAGCACCGGUACGACAGUGGUGUAAUCAGUGAAACUUAACACUUAACUACUGAAUGGAUCACAAUUUAAGACUAUAGACAAAUAUUUUCCAACACCUUCCCCAAGACAAGCCAGCGCUGCGAAAACCUAUUACAGCUUGUCAUAAGACCCCUGUCAAGCAAGGCACCUUAGUUGGUGGAGAUUCAGAUGCUGGUGAUGGUGUUAAUGGUGGUGGUGGUGUUGUCACCGCCUUCCCUGGCUGACCAGGCCAGACUCAAUUAUGCCACCACUUUCCUUCACGUCUUCAAGAGCUUCAAGACCUUCAUCUCUGAAGAGAAAAGUCUCUUAGAAUCCGAAAAGGAGUUCCUACUCAACCACUUGCCUCAGAACAAAAGUAUCCUGCGUGUACAGUUGUGUUCUCCGGAUUUUCAGAGGUGCGAAGGUUCGACCCAGCUGAAGGGUUUAAGAUCCACCAACAAGACAUUUGGUUACGUGGACAACGCAACCUGUGUCAGGUACGCCAUUAGUUAUGUGCAGGAGAGUGAGUGUAGCUGUAUGGACGAGUCUAUGCAUUCCACCUCAACUCUUCUCUACGAGAAACUAUUGAAUGACGAAGGCUUGUCCUGGAAGAUUUCUAAAAGUCAAAUGAACGUGAGCUGCCACGUUACGGAAUUUACACCCUCAGAAGAUCCCAGACAGAGCCGUCACUACCACCAUACGCUCAAAAUACCUCUAGAUACCACUAGUAACACACAUCUUGAUCUGAAUGUGUGUACAAGUAACUUAACCUUGUGUGAGGGCGGGGUGGUCCACCACAUGAUGAUAAACUAUGAUAAAAUUAACGUGAGACUUGAUGAUGACAAGACCGUGGAGUUGACUGUGCCCAGCCACAGGUGUUCCUGUACAUCUUACCCUAAUCAACAUAAGCACCUCAACAACACGCUACAUGAACUACGGAUCAAUGUUACUGCCUGUGGAGUUUUUAUUACAGCAGCUACUCCGUUUAAUAUCACCUAUAUUCUUCAAAAUGAAGCUAUUUUAGCCCUUCAGAAAUGUGAAGCGAUCGCUAGAGGUACAAAUUCAACCAUGAUUGAAAUGACAGACAAGGUCAAGUACAUAGAGAAUAUCGACGAUUUGUUUUUUCAGGCUUCUAGAGCCCCCAUCUACUUUCAUACUUUAUAUAAGGGUUUACUAAUUUUAUUGGUGAUUCUGCACUACAAAAUUUAUAUAUGUUUUACUUAAUAGCCGAGUGUAGUUUCUCGACACCAAGUACCUAUUCCUAACAUGUAAUUAUGUUCGGUAUAUUUAAAUGAAAAAUUAGUUACAGAAUGAAAACCCAAGGACAAAUGGGAAAAGAAGAGUUUUAAAGUGAUAUAUACAAAUUUAGACUGAUGUAGAUUUAUGGUAUCACAGUGAAAUGGAUCUGUGACAACUUCACUAGGAGUUU